AGCAGCAACAGCGAAACCUAGAAUGUCAACAAAAACAGCUACAACCACCACAACGGUGUCCGGACGAGGGAGUAGCGCCAGCAGCAGCAGCAGCAGCAGUGGGGAGUUCGAUGUGACCUCCUUCGAGAAACGGCUGCGGGACCUGAAGGAUACGCAGGACAGCAUCCAGCAAUUGUCGAGCUGGUGUCUAUCGAAACGGGCACACCACAAAAAGAUAGUGAGCAGCUGGCUGAACGUACUGAAGCAAGUAAAAAUCGAAAGUCGACUAACGCUGUUUCAUCUGGCCAACGAUGUGAUACAGAACAGCAAGCGCAAACACUACGAGUACGUCGAUAGUUGGGGCACCUACUUGCAGAAAGCGACCACGCUGGUACGCGACGAGAAGGUGAAGCAUAAAAUAUUGCGUAUCUUUAAAAUAUGGGAAGAGCGGGAAAUCUACAACGAAGAAUUUUUGGCCGACCUGAACGGGUUGCUGAGCGUCACGACUCCUUCAGCUAAGAAAUUACAGCAGCAGCAGCAACAGCAACAGCAACAGCAACAGCAACAACAGCAGCAACUGCAAAAUGCAUCCAGCUCGAACCACUCGGGAGCAACACUCGCUACCGGUCCGACGAAGCUUGCCGAGACGAAAUCAGUUGUUAGUGCGACUAGCGCCCAGGUGGACGUGGACGAUUAUCAAGCCUCGCAGCUGGUGACGGUGGUUCGCGAAUGUGUCAAACAUCAGAGCGAAACGGAUCAUGCGUUCAAGGGACUGAACAAGAAGCCACACGUCGAUGUGGAAGCGGUAAUGAACUCGAUCAAGGGCAAGGACCGCAAGAAGGUGGAAGAGAUCGAGCUCGAGAUCGACGAACAUUUGGCACAGUACGAGAACGUGGUGGAGGUGUUGAGGACGGAGCAAAGAUCGCGCCAGGAACUGCUUACCUUAUUGCAGCAAGCGAGUCUAUUCUAUGAGCAUCAGCGGACGGAGGUGAAGGUGGUGGUAAAUGCUUAUCGAAACUUUGGCAAUCGGCUCAAGAGCAUGAAGAAGAGGCUGGACGAGUUGACGGUAAGCUUACCGAGCCCAAUCCCAUCGCCGGACAUUAAUGCUCCAUCUCCGGUGCCCUCGGAUGGAGAUAACAUUCUGCCGAACGAGGACAACUACUUCCAGAUGAUACAGCAUCAGGGAAGCUACAUGAGUGGGGGCAAUGUGUCCUUCGACAUCAAUGACUUUACCCGUAGUGACUCUCCGAUGGUCAUAAACAGAGUACAACCGAUACAAGUGAUACAUUCGCGUAAGGAACAAACCGAAGGGGUGAACGAUUUCCUGAAGACUUUUUUCCCCGAUCCAUCAGGUUACCAUGGGCCACCGGGGAGCGGGUCGGUGGGUGGUGGAGUCGUGCCAUCAUCAUCCUCUCAGGCACCACCACCCGGCAUCGUACCUCACCCGUACGGCGGUAGUGCGGGUGGUGGGGGUGGUGGAGGAGGUGGCGGCUUUGUUAAUCCUUGGGCUUCUUCGACCCCCCGAGGCCCUCAGUCGGGUAGAGGAAAUAAUGGUGGAUACGGUGGGAACGGAAGCAGGCCUCCACCGUACGGUGGUCAACAGAUGUUGCAGGACUAUGGAACACAGCAACAAUCGCAGGGUGUUGGACGGAAUUCUGGACCGAUAACGCAGCCACUGCAACCACCACCGAUGCCGCCCAUCAAUCUGGAUGCAUCGGACGAGUACAAUUCGACGUGGAACAUGUCUAUGGGGUGGGACGGAACGCAUGAUUCGUCCGGUUUUCAAAGCUUAGAUGCUCCAGUCUCUCCGUCCCAUUAUGAUCGCAAAUGCAUGAAUAAUAGCGGAAUGCUGCUAGAUUAUGGCGAUGGAAGCAGUGGUGAUGGUGGCCUGAUGCAAGACGUUGACCAACGGCAGAUGUCCGGCAAUAUGUCGAUGGCUCCGUUCGUGAAGGAAAAGGGUCGCCUAGCGGAUGUCGACCAUCGGAAUCUAAUCUCACUCACUGGAUCACCCGGCGGUCCACCACAGCUUAAGGACGUACACGAUCUGGAUGCGUUGGACGAUAGUUCAUCCUCCAACAGUAUGUCCGUCGGAUCGUCGAAUGUACGUGGUGGCAUGCAUAGGAGAAAGACGGCAGCUCCACAACCUGUACCUGCUCCAAGCGUGCCAUCGAAAGAAUCGGGUGGCGGUAGCAGAGGUUCGAUAUGGUCGGCCCAUGGAAACGCUUUUUCCGCGCCCUCGAACGAUAUCGAUCUAAGGCUGUCCGCCGGGCAAGGGACGGCCAAUUCCGCACUCACGGUAGUCCCAACGACGGCGAGCACCACGUCGAUUGGGUCCGAGCCCACUCGGAAUGCUAGCGGAGACACGGAAGCGAAUGAUCUCGAUCUUGAUAUGAGGAUACAGUCGCUGGAAAAAGCGAUUGCGGCACAGAUUGCGAGCAGCGCAGUACCGCAGCUUUCAAUGGAAAGGCUGGGCAAUACGAACGAAGGUGAUGUGGGUGAUGGCCAGCAGCAGGACGAGGGUGAAAACGACGAGAGCAUACAAUCGGCCGACAGUGCAGCGGUUAUGAGCGGUGAGAGUGAAUUAAAUUUACCUUCACUGCAGACGCCCGUUUCGCUGAUCGAAAUUGACAGCUUUUUGCAAAACUUUGAGCGGGAAAACUUUGAGGAUUUCACCAGACCACCGGCAUUAUUGAUGAGCAACCAGUCAGAAGCGUCUCAGUCACCACCAGCUACCUCAGAGCAUCCCGCGGUGGUGGAAGAAGUGAAGCGAAAUCCUUCCGACAACACCGAAAGCGUGGACAUGGACCUAUCGGACGAGGAGAGCGAUAUGCUGCAUCACCAAACGCAUCACGUGGGAGACAAAAGUGCAUCGCCACAACAAGUCUCCGCCUCCUAUCAUCAUCAUGGCGCCGACGAGAAUAGCAGCGACGCACCAGCGAAUGACGAUUCGGCAGCGAUCAGGAACAACCAGGACACCGAAAGCCCGCUAAUGCGACUACCGGUGGUGAAUAGUACCGGUAGCAACAACGGUAUUGGUGGCAGUAAUGGUGCUAAUAAUCAGGCAGGAUCACUCCAACGGCCUCCAUUAUUACCGGAUCCGUCGUUUCCGCCCGGUCCCAAGUGGGAUUUACCUCCGCCAAACCUGAUGAGUUUGAAUCCGAUGAUGAACGCGGUGAUACCGCCGCCACCAACGCUUGGUGCGCUCGUGAACAAACUGACCCAACCACCACCCCUCGGAACUGGGCAGAUUUGGGCCGAUCAAUCACCACCCAACGGGCAACAGGGUGACGUGGUGUCCAAUCGGUUUGGCACACCGAACCGACCUCCACCUCCACUGCCGUUCGGUUCCGGGAAUGGUGGCAACUACCGUGGAACGCCUCGUGGUGGACGUGGCCAUAAUCGUUCGCCGUACUUUCGGGGCGGCGGAUCAGGUGGUGGUAUGCGCACGAAUAUGGUCCCGGGCGGGUUAAUGAUGCCCGGUGUUGGUGGUGGUCCAUUCGCGGGACAGAUCGUGAGCGGUACCGGUGGGUCACCGGGAAUGCGAGGUGGUGGAUAUCAUCGUGGCGGUGGAAACAAGUUCCGGGGUGGUGGUAACAAUCGUACCGGCUGGUAA